AUGCCCCGUGGACGCAGGGGCUGUUGGACAUGUCGCAUCCGACACAGAAGAUGUGACGAGUCAUCCCCAGAGUGCAAAGAGUGCAGUACGCGGAACAUUACCUGCCAUGGAUAUGAUCUCGACCCGCCAGCAUGGAUGAACAAUGAUCAGUUACUGCAAGAGGAGCUUCGCCGCAUCAAAAUUGCAGUCAAGGAGAACUUCCGACGCGUCAAAACCAUUCAGAAUCGCCAGCUUGCUCGGUCGACAGCUCAAGCAGCACAAGUUUCGCGUGCCAAAGCGACUUCUCGACCGCAAAGCGAGAUAACUGACAGUCCGACACACGCCGGUUCAUCAACUACAAACACCGUCUUCCGAGAGGCGCAAUAUCUUGUUCACUACCUCGACUACAUCUUUCCCAUUCAGUAUGCUUUCUACGUCGAUGCACCGGAUCAGGGAGGCAGAGGAUGGCUCUUCUUCCUUCUAGAGCGAAAUGCACCCCUUCGAAAUGCAGCUCUGACCCUCUCUGCCUUCCAUCAACAUACCUUCUCACCAUACCAUACCGAAAAUCAAGAAGACGAACUGUUACAAUACCAUACUAAAGCACUUCAGGAACUUCGACAUGUCGUGCGACAUCGAGACGUUGGUGCUUCUGCCGACAACAUCGAGGAUUGGCUCAAGUUCCUUGCUGGCGGUAUGUUCUUGAUCUCCUUUGAGGUCUUCCAAGGCGGCACAAACAACUGGCAAGCCCACUUCAACGCCCUCGUAUCCGUCAUCCAGAACCUUACAUCCUCCGACUUCGACUUUGACACGUCGAAUCCUUCAAGCCCAGAUUUCGACUUCCAGCGAGGCAUGAAUACUGCACAAAGGUUUAUUCUGUCGAACCUCGUCUGGAUCGAUAUACUUGCGCCUCUGGCUACGGGGACUGCGCCGAGGCUACCUUAUCAUGAUUGGUUAAACGCUGGAAAGAUUGAUAUGUCGAGAGUUAUGGGUUGCUCCAACUGUAUCAUGAUCGCGAUCGGUGACAUGAUGACCUUGGAUUCAGAGGCUAUAACAUUGGAUAAGGAGGCUUUGCGAGUCGCCAUAGAUGACUUGGAAGAACGCAUACAUAACGGAAUAGAGGCGGCAUUAGAUGAUGAAUCAACGCCCCAUCAGUUGACACCAACAAACCGCUCGGUAACGCACCUCUUCGCGACCGCAGCACUCGUGCAGCUUUACACUCUUGCUUCAGAACACAACAUCACUGCCCCAGAUCCUCACAGCGCAGUGUCACGAGUCGUCGACGUAUUGGACAACCUACCUCCACAUAUAUCGCUACGAGCAACACCAUGGCCUCUGUGCGUUGCCGGGUCUAUGGCACUUCCUCCCCAUGAGCAGUACUUUGACGCUUUAUUGACAAAGCUCAUGAAUCAUGCUGAGGCGGGGUUUACAAAUUGUGGUACGGUUUAUAGUGUGAUACAAAACGCGUGGAAGCAACGACGGCGAGAUCCGAGUAGAGCUUGGAGUGCAAGACAAUCGAUGGAGCAUAUGGGUAUUUGUGUUCUUCUAAUAUGA